AUUCACUCUCCUUAAACUAGCUAAUCCAAAACACGAAAGAGAGUGUCAAUAGUUGAUAAAUUUUUUUUUGGAGUUUCGUACCAAUCGUCUUUAUUUGAUGGCAUGGUGGUUGAAUGGAAACCGGAUAACAACAAUUUUAUCCAAUCCGGAUCUGAUUAAAAAGGCAGACAUGCAGAAUAACUUAUGUCCGUUAAAAACCAGAGAGCGGCGAGAUCGAUUGGAAGCAUCGCUUCGCAGAGGAAAGGAUGGUGAGGGUAGCCACCUACUUCGCCAUGAGCUUUGGGGCCUUCCUCUUCUGGCAAUCCAUGGACAAGCUCCACGUCUGGAUCGCCCUCCACCAAGACGAGAAGAAAGAAAGACUGGAAAGAGAAGUGGAGAUAAAGCGGGUUAGAGAGGAACUGUUGGCUCAAGCAAAACAAAAGGAUUCUCUUGCAUGAAUCAUGUUAUUCUACCCUUGCUAAGACAUCUCAUUUGGGUUCUUUUCCAUUAAAAUUUUUGUAUGCUUAGGUAAGAGAUUUCUCAGAAGCAUGAUUCCUGAUUGCCACUAAAUGCGGGUAAUAAGCUGGCAUGGCAUUCUUCUUUUUCCUAACUUCAUGCUUUGAAGCUUUUCAAUGAUAUCGGAUGGUGUCAAGAACAUGACAUGAUCACUGUCCUUGCUCUGCUGAAUUAAUGCUGCAAGGAAAAGCAAUAAAUAACAAAAUAUUCCUUUA